AUGUCCGCCGCGACCGCCUUCCUCACGACCCCCGUCCGCGCCUCCGCGGUCGCGAAGAGAGCGACGACGAAGCGCGCCGUCGCCGCGCUCGCGGCCGCGAAGGAGACCACCCCCGUCGUCAAGGCGGAAGACUUCAAGUGCCCUCUGACGUGCGAGGAGAAGUCCAACGACGCGACGACGCACGAGAUGGCCAAGGCGAAGUGCGUGCACCCGGAGCGCCCGGUCUCGAAGGCGUGCCAGGACUGCCCGAGGCGGUGA